CUUUGCUUUUUAAAUUUUUUUUCAACAAGAGCUGAAAGACUUGAACGUGAAUCUUGCGCCUGCAUCCCUCUUUAUCAACAUGGCUGGUCUGCAGUACUACAUGUCGUCUGUGACGGGUAGCCUUGAGAGUCCUUCCCGUGCCGGCCUCGCGAACGCUCGAACACCCGACUCAUCGCUGCUGACUGGCCGACCACGUCAUACGCAGAUCCGCAAGAAACAGCAAAAGAUUGAGAUGAUUCUUGAGGGCCACAAGAUUCCUCACGAAACGAUUGACAUCUCCUCCAAUCGUGAAGCACUGAAGGAGAUGCGAGAGAAGAUGGGCGACGACAAGGCCACUGUCCCCCAGCUCUUCAACCAAGACCAGUGGCUGGGCUCUUUUGAAGACUUUCUUGAUGCCAUCGAGGACGAGGAUGGCCUCAAGACCUUUCUCAAACUCUAA